AUGGCUCGAGAAUCAGUUGAACUCAAUGAGCUCGACGCAGGCACACCCCGUGGAGGAGUCAAAUCAGAGAACGCAGAGAACGCAGAGAACAGAAUCAUCGGGCCUCGUGCUUCAAGUGCCGUCGAGUCGGCCUUGCCACCCGUCGAUAGGGGAAAGGAGGCAAGGCGCUUCCUGGCCGCUUGCUGGGUAGUCGAAGCUCUUAUAUUUGGAUUCGGAAUUCCGUUUGGUGUGUUCCAGAAGUUCUACAGCACCCACGAGCCAUUCGCAAGCUCGGGCAACAUCCCCGUCAUCGGGACUACAACCACAGUGAGAAGACUCUACCUACCUACCUACCUGCCUAGCAACCCGCUUCCUAGUCGCGCACGAGACCUGACGAGGAAUCAGGGAACCAUGUAUCUAGCAACGCCGUUCGCUCUCGUACUCUGCCGCCUCUACCCCCGCUGGGCGCGAUGGUCCACGCUCGCAGGCCUCUUUGCCGCCUCUCUAUUUAUGGCCAUGAGCUCCUUCUGCACCAGCGUGCCCCAACUCAUAGCGACGCAGGGAUUCCUCUUCGGCAUCAGCGGUUGCGUCGCCUUCUGCCCUUGCCAGCUGUACAUCGACGAGUGGUUCGCCCAGCGGAAGGGCUUGGCUACGGCAUCGUGUGGAGCGCCGGCGGCGUCGGGGGUAUCGUCCUUCCCCUGCUCCUCGGGGCCCUCCUCUCUCACCUUCCUCCGUAUUUAUUGUCCGUGCGUUUGGAACUAUUAG